ACCGUCACACUGCAUGUAGAUGGUACAUGGUUGAACGUCAUUCCAUAUUUUGUAUCAUUAUUCGCGCUAAUACGUGUUCUUGUUGAAACACUCGACGAGAGCGUCUUGCAGUUUUACAACUACAGUGAAGAAGACAUAAGGUUGAAUAUCGAAAAUCUCCGUUGGUAAUAACUUUGCCGUUAUAGCUUUAACAGUAACAAGUGAGAUAUUGCGUGGAUGAGAGAUCUCAACAAAAAUCGCCACACCGCAGAAGAUGAGUGCUUAUACAUCACUGAGACCCAAGGAGUCGAACCCGGAAGAGAGACUAAGCGUGAUAAAGCAAGGAUGUGUCAGUGUAGGAUUCAUGGUAGUCUGUUAUGUGACCGGAUAUUACGUCAUGCCAUUUCCGGUUCCAGCUCUCUCUACACCCAUUGCACGUUUGCUUUACACGCUGCAGUGGCAGGUGGUUCCUGCGUAUCUUCUGUUUGCAGGAAUUGCAACUGUUGCUUUGACGAGAUUCUUUACACCCGCCAUUAAUCCCUUAAACUCUGGCAACGAUCACAUUGUCACGGUGCAUGUUCGAUACGUUCACAACACUUUGGAGCAGUUUGUGUUGAGUGCAGUUGGGCAGCUCAUGAUCUCAAUGUACCUUGACGAUCGGCAGAUGAAAGUGAUACCGGUUCUUGUCUUUCUAUUUGUGGUAGGAAGAAUUACGUUUUGGAUUGGAUACACUCGCUCCUAUAUCCAGCGUCUGUUUGGAAUGAUCCUGACUGUAGUUCCAACCAUGUUGCUUUAUGUUGUUCUGCUUCAUUAUUUCUUUAUGUACGGCCCAAUGAGCAUGCUGUGGAGAUAGAACACAACACAUUGCAAACGAAGUCACACACAAAAACAGUGUCAAAAUAACAAGAAACGACCGGAAACAACAACAGACGACAGAAUACAGUCGAACUGCUUCAUCGCAACUUCAACGAGAACACAUUCAAGGGCGCCACAGGACUGCACAAUAAAACAGCCAUAGGUCGUCGCAAGCAGUCAAAGGAAACAUACCACCAAAGGCACAACCAUCAUUGAAAACUGUCGAAGUUUACUAUUAAUGAGACAGGGGUAGGCGCAAAUAUGCCAAGGGCACUACAACAAACACGUCAGAAAGACAAGUAUUACAACAGCGCGACAGUCAAAGAUAACAACAGAAAGGGGUGCAUCAGGCAGUCAGGGAUAACAACAGCAAGGGGUGCAUCAGGCAGUCAGGGAUAACAACAGAAAGGGGUGCAUCAGGCAGUCAGGGAUAACAACAGCAAGGGGUGCAACAGACAGUCAAGGAUAACAACAGAAAGGGGUGCAUCAGGCAGUCAGGGAUAACAACAGGCAAGGGGAACAACUGACAGUCAAGGAAAACAACAGAAAGUGGUGCAUCAGGCAGUCAAGGAAAACAACAUGAAAGGUGGGCAACAUACAGUAAAGGUUAACAGUAGGUAAGGUGACAGUCAAAGAUACCAGUAGGGAGGGUGGGCAACUGACAGUCAAAGAUACCAAUAGGGAGGGUGGGCAACUGACUGUGAAGGUUCAUAACACAGGGCGUAAUCACUUUGCCUAAACAGAACAGAAUCACCAGUGUUUUGUUUUCAAAACAGUGUGUCGACAAUGGCUGCACUGUGUGUCAGCUACGCAUGCAUGUAUACACUGGCUUAACACUUAACUCAUCAGGUAUCUGUCUCGAUGGAUUUCUUUGUCAGUUGCUAGGAAGAGAGUGCACGCUGAUAAUGAUGUGAAUUCUUGUGAAGCAGUCCCUUUCUGACAGACUCACUGAGUAUAUAUAACUACACUGCAGGUUGUUGUUUGUACUUAGACGUGCGUUCUAUUAAUGUAACAUUUUAUACAUGAAAGCAUUAAAAGGAUGAUAUAACUUUU